UGUCAAUUAUCAGGUAACCGCUGAUAAAUAACAUCUGUGCAAAGAACCUAUUUUAAAAAUAUUGGUGCCCAUACUAUAAUUAAAAGAAAAUUACUAUAAUAAAAUAGUAGGUAGGUCUUCGAAGACCUCAACCAUGGUAAAUUAAACCUAUGUAUAAAUUUUAAUUCCAGUUUUAAUAGAUCAGUAAACAAUGAAUUGCAUAAGACUACUAGGGUUAUGCAGAAAUCAAACAAAGCUCAAAAUCUCUUAUGCUUGCUACAGUGCACAGCAUCCCCUGAGGUUUUUAGAAACACAAGAUCGCUGGAGAGAUAAGGAUGGAUUGUCACGCAAUUGGAAUCUUAUUUACAAGGCUCCUUUGGACAAAUCAAUAAACUGGGCUUCAACCUUUCUUACAUUUUCUUCAAGCUCAAUAGCAGCAGCAACCAUCUAUUAUUCAGCAUUUUUGUUUGAUAUCAAUACAAUAAAUGACCCAGUAGUUGUGGGAGAUGAUGUAGUGCUUGCAAAUAAUGCCACUGAAUGCCUUGUUUAUCUUAUCUCAUUCUUUGUAUUUCAUAUAGCAGUCAAAGUGUUAAUAUCCAAAUAUGUAUUGCGCCUGUAUCAAAAUGGGGAUGAUUAUUUGGCUGUAUUUAGAGGGCAUUGGUAUAAUUCUAUUUAUAAACACCAAUUUCAUUUAAAUGAAUUUAAGAAAUUAAAACCUUCUUUAGUUGUAUCUUGGGGAGAUGCUAGAUAUAAACUUGGAAAAAAGCAUGGGAUCAUUUUGGAUAAUUAUUUCAAAACACCUGAACACUACAAUAGCUUAGUAGAUAAAAAAAAAUAUGAAAAUAGUGAAUAGUUAUACAGUGAAUCAAAAUGUGUUAAAAUGGGACUACUCAUAUUUCAUUGUAAAAACUGAUGGAUGUAACAGCCUAUUUUAUUGUAUUGUUAUUAAGUACCUAUUAUAAUAGAAUAGGCUUUUAUUUUAAUCAAUAUAACUGCUAUGUUGUAAACAGUUUUGACUGUAGUUACAGAUAAAUUGCCAAUGUUGCAUAUUUGGAACUAAUUAUAAAUAAAUUGUUUUAAUAUGAA